UGUUCUGUCGUUCGUUAUUUAACACUACCUAUGUCUUCACUUGUCACAUAAGGAAGGCCACUGCAUACAGUACAGAAGAACCACAUCUUAAUCUAUUGUUAGAUUCAAAUUACUGACCUAAAUGGGACAUAAAUGCAAUGUCUUAGGUCCAUAUGAAUUACUGUUUGGACAAAAUUCAAAAUGCACGCAGAAAAGUUAAUGUAACGCCAUAAAAGAGGUGCGCGCGCUACGUCACGUGACUUUAUUUUGGGGUUGAUUGGACGAAAUACUUAUCAAACUUGCUCCACUUACUCACUCUUGUGUUCUCCAUAUCUCCAUCUGUGUACCACCUGCUGACUGCCCGUGUAAGCCGAGCUGUCUUUGAGGGAAAGGAGAUGGACAUUGUCAAGUGGUGUCCUCCUAAACUAACGCUAGUCCAUGCAUCUUUUAUACACAUGCAACAUUCAUGGCUGGCCCGCUGCCGCCCACACAGGAAGGCCUGAUAAUCGCGUCUCGAGUUGUAGGUUCAACCCCCAGGUACACAAAAACAGAUCCGGGUCCGUUCAGGGGCACCGUUUUUUUCACUAGACAUGCAAUCCCAAACUAGAAGGGGGAGCUUUAAACUUUAGCUGAAGAGAAAACCGCUGUCUCCAACUUUUGCGCAAAAAUGAGCGUGUCCAGUGGUAUGGAACCUCCAGCAGCUGUGCUCGGUUUUGGGUUGGACACAGAAGGAGGACCGUGUCUUCGAAGGCAGAAAUACGGCAGCAGCGUUUCGGUCCAGACGUAUUUGCUGGAUAGCGGGACUCCUCCAGGACCGCCCCCGCCCACAGCUGUCGGAGCCCGGGUCCGACUGCCUGCGCUCACCGCUAAAGGCCCUCGGAGGAAAAGCAGCAUGGCCCGGCUCAGCCUCAGCGAGCCCUCUCUGUUCCCUCACAACGACAGUGUUUUAUUUGGGGGUCUGUCUUGCGCCCGUGGUCCCAGCUUGCUCCAUAAACGCACCCCUUUCUCCUCCUCCUCUUUUACAAAACCCUCAGCUCUCUCCCCCAACCCCCCUCCAACCCCCCAGAGCACCUCCAGACCCCUUUACCUGCACUUCUCCCAGUCCAUCCAGCCCAGCCUCAAACCCAGAGCCAAAAGACGACACUCCCACACACUCUCUUCUGAGCUCAGAUCUUUGUCCUCACAGGUCUCCCCUCUGUCAGAGCCCCUGUCUGUGGUGGGUAAAACCUGCCUCCCCUUGUGUAGCCCCCGCUCCACUCCGGCUGCAGUCCAAGGACCCUCCAGACCCCACAUCCACGUGUUUCUGCCCUCCGAGGCCGAGGGAGAGGACAGCGAAUCUGUGGAUGAGGGCUUCAUGGAUGAGCUUGACCAUAAGAUGAGUUCUCUCAAGCUCCAACAGGGGGCUCCACAGACUGUAGCUCUGCACUGCAACAAGAAGAACUGGAGCCACAGCUGCCUUGGGUCUGACUGAUGGAGAUGUGACUGCCUAUAGCUCUUCUGUGCAUGCCCAAACCACCUUACAGAUUAAUAUAUUUUUCUAAUUAUUACUUGGUUUGGUGGGAUAGUACCUGAUGAAAAUAUUCAUCAUAAGUUUGCACCAGCCAAGUGGCAGUUUAUGAAGAAAAGUAGAAAACAAAAAGUUUUCUACUUUUCAAAAAGGAAGUAGCGGUGAAUUAUAAAAUCAAAUCCCGCUACCUGUCAUCACUGAAGGCAUUUUUCUGACAGUUUAAACACUGAUUCAACAAAAUAAAGGUGUUGUCAUUUAUUUGUAUUUGUUAAAUCAUAACUGUUUAAUUUAGACAAGUUUGGGCUCUUGUUAACAUUAUGGUUGCUAGGUAACCUAUCUCCAUGUCAUAUUUGCUGCCCAUGUCCAAAUUAUAAACAAAACUAGAAAAGACUGCACAUUUUUUAGUAAAAUCUUAAAUUUAAUGACAUUAACUGAUUUAGAGAAAUUAGUAGUCUAAUCUGUUGUGCACACUUUAAUAUGGAUUUUGCAUCUUCAGCUCCAUACAAGGCAGUGAAUUGUUCCCUGUAAAUAAAUCUGAACAUUUUUAGGUAUUUCUACAGUGUUAUUUAAUAAUUCAGUAUUUUGGCUUUUCCCCAUCAUGUAAAGCCUUUAACUUUGUGUUAUCUUCUGUAAUAUGCAUCUCAACAUGUUAUCAAU